AUGCGUCUCUGGCUGACGCCGUUGCUGGCAUCUCUUGUCCCCGGACUCGCCGCCGCUGCCGACUACCACGAACAGCUCACAUUGCGUCCAUUGCCGCUCUCUCAGCUCCUUGCAAGCUUCAAUUUCAAAUCAAACACCUCAGUAGCCGCCUUUGAGGCGCACAACUUCCGAUUGUUCCCCCGGUCGCUUGGCCAGAUCCUCGAGUAUGCGGGCACACGAGAGCUCCAUCUACGCUUCACCUUGGGACGCUGGGAUGCAGAGAAAUGGGGAGCGCGACCUUGGGAUGGCACCAAGGAAGGCGGCACUGGUGUCGAGCUGUGGGCCUGGAUGGACGCCGAAACCGACCAACAUGCAGAUGGGAAUUGGCUGACCUUGACCAAUGCCCUCUCCGGCUUGUUCUGCGCCAGUCUCAACUUCAUUGACGGGACGAGGACCGUACGCCCAGCUCUCUCGUUUCAACCCGAGGGUCAUCACUCGAGCGAGACGUUGGCAAAAACGAGAUUGCUACAUGGUGUGUUGCCGCACGAGGUGGUGUGUACGGAGAACUUGACGCCCUUCUUGAAGUUGCUGCCCUGUCAUGGAAAAGCGGGCAUCGCCAGUCUAUUGGACGGUCACAAGUUGUUUGAUUCGUCAUUUCAGAGCAUGGCCAUAGAUGUGAAGCCGAUUUGCGACAGCCAUGGCCAUUGUGUGUUGCAGAUGGAGCAGACAAUUGAUAUGGUCAUGGACGUCAACCGAUCCAAGAGGCCGAGGGAUAACCCGAUCCCAAGACCACCUCCCGCCCACGAACUGGUCUGCGACACCUCCAAGCCCUACCACGACCAUGAUCGCUGCUUCCCAGCCGACCACCUCAACGGCCAAGACUGGACGCUCUCUCACAUCUUUGGCCGCUCCAUGAAAGGCACAUGCCCCCUUGCCGACGCCCAGGUGCCUCCCGUGUGCCUCGAGGUCCCCGAUUCACGCGUCGUCUACGCCUCCGGAGGGUCCACCGAAAUCAAGGACAAGAACGGCAUGUCCAGAUGCUACACAAUCCCUGCCCAGAGCGAAUUUGAUCUCGUCCUACCCAAGUCCGAGGCCAGGACCCCCGACGAAGCAGCAAAAGAGCUCGUCGAACCCGUACGGCCUCUCCUCUACGCGGAGCGCAGCUUCACUGGCUACGGCCAAGAACAUGGAGGCGUCCAAGCCAUCCUCACCAACCCCAACCCCGUCGAAGUCGAAUUCGUCUAUCUCGAGUCCCUCCCCUGGUUCAUGCGCAUCUACCUCCACACAUUGUCUACCCGCAUUUCAACCUCGGCCGCCCCAACAACCAAUUCCACCCAACUCAUUAAACAGAUCCAUUAUCGGCCCGCGCUGGACCGCUCCCGCGGUACCCAACUCGAACUGCUGAUGCGCAUCCCACCGCGAUGCACCGUCUUCCUCACCUAUGACUUUGAAAAGGCCAUUCUGCGGUACACAGAGUACCCCCCCGAUGCCAACCGCGGUUUUGACGUGGCCGCAGCCGUGAUUCGCACUCUCGAGCCGCAAGUCAUGAAUCUCCGUACGACAAGCUUGUUGCUGUACCUGCCCACGCCGGACUUCAGCAUGCCGUACAAUGUGAUCAUCUUUACGUCGACGGCCAUCGCACUUGCCUUUGGUGGGCUGUAUAACAUCCUCGUGAGGAGGUUAGUUGGCGCGGACGAGGUCGCGAGCCCCAUGGCAAAGUGGAAGUUGAGAUAUCUGUUGGCCAAGUACCAGAAGAAAAGGGGCGGCGGGCAAUAG